UAUGUCAAUUGUCAAAUUGGUAAACCUCACAAACCACGUCACAAACAAUAAUUUGUGUUUGCUAUUCAAAUUUAACUAUUUUUAGUAUUUUUAGCAGUACCUACUCAAUAUGGUUUGUGAUGGUCCUGAUCCUCCAGAUGACUCUCCACAAAAUUUGAUCCCGCCACCGCGAAGUGAGUUAAUGGCCAACGGAAACCACGACGAUAGCGAUGAAGAGCACGAGCAUUUUGGAUAUGAACCUCUAGCACAGGGGCCAGAAGCUGUAUUUACCGACCACGAAAGUGAUGAAGAUGCUGACGUCUGCGCAAGGAUUAACAGUGUUCAAGAACCAGCUGCAAAUAAUGUGCCACCAAUAGAACCAAUGGACAGUAGUUUAGCAAGAGAAACUUGGAAUGUGCCCAGAUCCAAUGACCCUAUACAGAUGGACACUCAAAGAGCGCAAGAGGUAAUGUCUCUAAUGGCAGACUUCUCAUUACCACAAGCCUCCAUCCCAGAAUGGGCCCAAAGUGUCUCUGAAGAACAAUGGAAACAGACGCUCAAUGACAGGAUAGAAAAGUUAAGGGGUAAUAGGUAAUCAGUCUUUUACAAUAUAAUUUAACUAGCAAUAUUGACAUUGUAAGAAAAAAUUAACCAAGGAUCAAAAUGCUAACUUUACGGGCAAACCAUGAAUAAGCACCAAACUUCUAGUCUGUUCUGAAGUUCAACACACCAAACUGUGCAGAUAUUAUAACCAUAUUAUGUUUUUGUACACUUCUACGCACAGUUCUUUAUCUUCAGAGCAGACCUGCAGGCUUAUUACGUUGCUUGGUGUACUGUUCAAAUAAUAUGCAUUGCAUCGUAUUUUCGUAAUUUAGGAUCAUCUAACAUAGUUAUUUUAAUGAAAUAAUCUUAUCUAGGUCAUUUUACAACAAGUGGAGGUGAUUUUUUUGUUUUACGAUCAUCUAACAUGAUUAUUUCAAUGACAUUACGUAAAUAACGGGUUUUCGUUAAAAUUGUGUUUCUAUUUGCUACUACCACUAUUGUAUUACUGCCACUUUACAUUAAAUGAAGAUAUUUGUCAUUUCAUUGAAAAUACAACAUUAGAUGAUAGCAUAAAUGAAAAUAUGAUGAAAAACAUUGUAGUGAUUUAUUAUUUUAAUGGUACAUCGAGAUACAUGCUGAAGUUUGGUGCAUACUUAUACACUUUGGUGAAAUAAACUUCCAACAUGGAUUUUGUUCUACUUUUUGUGGUAUAAGUAACUA